CUAAUUUCCCAUUAAGAAAACCAAAUUUGUAACCAAUCAAAACAACUCAGACUUGGAACAAUUCAAAGUCAGACAAACCUUAUAUGCAAUGUGAUCAAAACUCCAAACACACAAGAUUGCUAAAUCAAAGAGACAAACUCAAUGGAGUACAAACAUUUCAGCCAUCCACACACUCUAAAACUCCAACAGAUUCAGCCACAUAAAAGCUCAGAUUCUUCAGUAAUCUGCUCAGGUUGUGAAUCAGCCAUCUCUGAAUCCGAAACCGCGUAUAUCUGUUCAACAUGUGACUUCAAUCUUCAUGAGCAAUGUGGUAACGCAGUGCGUGGGAUGCAACAUCCUUCUCACGCUGGUCUCCACCACUUGACUCUAGUCCCUUACACAACUUACAGCGCUGGUACCUUCCUCUGCAGAGCCUGUGGCUGCACUGGAGGUAAAGGGUUCUCUUACUGUUGUCCUUUGUGUGACUUUGACCUUCAUGUUCAAUGCGCUCACCUGCCUCAGGUCUUGGUUCAUGAGUCUCAUCCUAUGCAUAGUCUUCUUCUUGUCUACAACAGUACUCCUCCUAUGUCUUUUACUCAGUUUGGUUUCGGGAAUCAGCUUGUUUGCAAUCUUUGUAAUAUGACUAUGGAUGGUAGGUUUUGGUCUUACAACUGUUAUGCUUGUAACUAUCAUAUUCAUGCUUCAUGUGCUGUGAAUAAGCCCAAUCCAGUGGCUGCUUCUGCUGAGAACUGUGGGGCGAGUGAUGAAGGAAAGACACCGACUGCUGAAUCUGUUCCUGUUCAGGGUUUGGAGACUGAGCAGACGGAACAAGUAGCUGCAAUAACAGAGCAAGUGGAAGAUCCAGUUUUGAGGCAACAGCUUGAGCUUCAGAAGCUUCAGCUUGAGCUAGAUAUGAGUUCUGCUCUCGCAAACAUGAUUGGUUCCUUCAAUCUCAGUUCUUUCGUUUGAAGUGUCUUUGUGUUUCAGUUUGUUUGAUUUUAUGCAUUUACAUGUGUUGAAUUGUCUCUGUUCUUGUGUUCCCUAAUGUGCUUCUGAUUUGAAUAAAUAUAUCCUAUCUAUUUGGUUUAUC